CGAAAAAAAACAUCACUCAAUCACUGAAUCACACACAUUCUUCCCUAAACAAUAAAAGUUGAAAGAAAGCAGUAUACAUUACAUUACUACAUAAUCUCUCUUUAAAACAGAAAAUAUUUUCUUCUCAUUUUUGCGUCAAAUUAAAGCUUACUAUACCUCUAUAAAUACUUUCCCCUCAUUUCUCUCAAUUCAUCUUCGCCGAAAUCAAUGGCUUUACCAAAUCAACAGACUGUUGAAUAUCCUAGCUUCAAGCUUGUCAUCGUUGGUGAUGGCGGCACUGGAAAAACCACCUUUGUAAAGAGGCAUCGUACUGGGGAGUUUGAAAAGAAAUACGAACCAACUAUUGGUGUAGAGGUUCAUCCACUGGAUUUCACAACAAAUCGUGGGAAAGUUAGAUUUUACUGUUGGGAUACUGCUGGACAGGAGAAGUUUGGAGGUCUUAGAGAUGGUUACUAUAUUCAUGGCCAGUGCGCUAUCAUAAUGUUUGAUGUUACAGCCCGACUUACUUACAAGAACGUUCCAACUUGGCACCGUGAUCUUUGCCGUGUCUGUGAAAAUAUCCCCAUCGUUCUGUGCGGAAACAAAGUUGAUGUGAAGAACAGGCAAGUGAAGGCAAAACAAGUAACAUUUCACAGGAAGAAGAAUUUGCAAUACUAUGAGAUAUCUGCAAAGAGCAACUACAACUACGAGAAGCCUUUCUUGUACCUUGUCCGGAAGCUUGCUGGAGACCCGAACCUUAGUUUCUCAGAGGAGCUUGCUCUUGUCCCGCCUGAAGUAUCGAUUGACUUGGUCGCACAACAACAGCAUGAACAAGAACUUCUACAAGCAGCUGCGCAGCCAUUGCCCGACGACGACGAUGAUACAUUCGAGUAGUGGCCAGAUUUUGAGAAGAAGUUUAUAGUAGUAUGUUUUUGUGGGGCGUGUCUUUGGAAGAACACGAAACUUAUUACGUAGGUCUAUAUUACUUUCUCAGGCAGCAAAUGUUAGUACUUUAUUCUCCUUUCGUCUUGUGGGAUGUUGAUUAUGGUAUAUAAUAGUAGUAUUAUCUAGUAAA